GAUUAAACGCUAAUAGGAUUCUUUUCUUUUCAACAUGUUCUUGCAAUGUUGGCCGGAGUGUGAGUUGAGCAUGAAUAAAGCUUUUGUGUUCGUCCCUAACCUAUGAAUGGCAUAACUCCCCCAAUUAUUCUCGAAUCUGCAGCGGGCUUCAGCAUUUCUACAUCUCAAUACCUUAUCUCGACCUCUCUCAUAGUUUCUGCGCUUCUCUCCGCACUCCAAAUCACGCGCUUGUACCUCUGUGGGCUAAACGGUAUGCUAGCUUGUUUGUGUACUGUUACACCUAGGUCGACAUUCGCACAGAACACUAGCGUUGUUGCAUUGACUCGCUGUGCAAACCGGAAAGCCGGCUAUGCCGUCUGUUUCUUCUUGGCUGUGAUGGAUAUCUCCUCCAAGUUUGCAGCCGCCCUCGUCGCCUUCCCGGCGUCAGUUCUAGGAGGCACGACAACCUUCCUCUUCUCUUCUGUCGCCAUUUCAGGCAUCAGGCCACCUCAGCCGUGUCGCUCACACGUCGCACCCGUUUCGUCUUGACCGCUGCGAUGUCUCUGGGUUUUGGGGCUACCUUUGUACCAUCGUGGUUUUCGUAUGUCUUUAUUUAUACAAGAGACAAUCGUGCAAAGGUUGGCUUCCUUGACGUAAUCGUCUUGGUGAUAGAGACCGGCUUUGCUAUCACUGCGUUCCUUGCCAUCAUGUUGAACGUGAUUAUCUCAGAGGACCAAGAGGAGGAGAUGGAGAGUCUAAUGAGAAAUGAUGGGCAGGAGGAAGCAGAACCCCGGACUUUAGAUGCUAUUGGCCGGAAAAGUGCUGGUCGACGGCAGUCAAAAUGAGGAAAUAGAUUCG